UCUUCCCUUGGUUUGGCUUGGAUAUUGGAGGGACCUUGGUCAAACUUGUUUAUUUUGAACCAAAGGACAUCACCGCUGAAGAGGAGGAGGAAGAAGUGGAAAAUCUCAAAAGCAUCCGUAAAUACCUGACAUCAAACGUAGCCUACGGAUCUACAGGCAUUCGGGAUGUGCACCUCGAACUAAAGGACCUUACCCUGUGUGGACGUAAAGGCAAUCUGCACUUUAUACGCUUUCCUACUCAUGACAUGCCUGCUUUUAUUCAAAUGGGAAGCGAAAAACACUUCUCGAGCCUCCAUACUACCUUAUGUGCCACGGGAGGUGGAGCGUACAAAUUUGAGCAGGACUUUCGCACAAUGGGUGACCUUCAGCUUUGUAAGCUGGAUGAACUCGAUUGCCUUAUUAAAGGAGUUUUGUACAUCGACUCCGUUGGAUUCAAUGGACAUUCAGAGUGUUACUAUUUUGAAAACCCGACGGAUGCUGAACGGUGUCAGAAGCUCCCAUUCAACUUGGAGAAUCCGUAUCCUCUCCUUUUGGUGAACAUUGGCUCAGGGGUCAGCAUUUUGGCAGUGUAUUCGAAAGAAAACUAUAAACGGGUAACGGGCACCAGCCUUGGAGGGGGAACCUUCUUUGGUCUCUGCUGCCUUCUUACCGGUUGCUCCACCUUUGAAGAGGCCCUGGAGAUGGCAUCCCGCGGAGACAGUACCAAAGUGGACAAACUAGUGCGGGACAUUUAUGGAGGAGACUACGAGCGAUUCGGAUUGCCAGGCUGGGCCGUAGCAUCCAGCUUUGGAAACAUGAUGAGCAAGGAGAAGCGGGAAUCUGUCAGCAAAGAGGACCUGGCGAAGGCGACUUUAAUAACCAUCACUAACAACAUCGGCUCCAUCGCACGGAUGUGUGCGCUUAACGAGAACAUCAACCGAGUGGUGUUUGUUGGCAACUUUCUUCGGAUCAAUACAAUCUCCAUGAGGCUUCUGGCGUACGCUUUGGACUACUGGUCGAAGGGACAGUUAAAAGCACUUUUCUUGGAACAUGAGGGUUAUUUCGGUGCAGUUGGUGCUCUCCUGGAACUCCUGGAUUCCGCCUGA